GAGGAAAAAGGGGGUCCUUUUUGGUGUAAAUCUGGACUCUAAUUCUGUAAUAUAUCAAGGAAUCUCGUAAAACCGACACUAAAACGUCCCUGCCUACAAAUCAUCCGGCCAAAUUAUGAGUUCAUUGUAUUAUGCGAAUGCUUUAUUUUCUAAAUAUCCAGCCGCAAGUUCGGUUUUCGCUACUGGAGCCUUCCCUGAACAAACUUCUUGUGCGUUUGCUUCCAACCCCCAGCGCCCGGGCUAUGGAGCUGGUUCGGGCGCUUCCUUCGCCGCCUCGAUGCAGGGCUUGUACCCCGGCGGGGGGGGCAUGGCGGGCCAGAGUGCAGCCGGUGUCUACGCUGCCGGCUACGGGCUCGAGCCGAGUUCCUUCAACAUGCACUGCGCGCCCUUUGAGCAGAACCUCUCCGGGGUGUGUCCCGGCGACUCCGCCAAGGCGGCGGGCGCCAAGGAGCAGAGGGACUCGGACUUGGCGGCCGAGAGUAACUUCCGGAUCUACCCCUGGAUGCGAAGCUCAGGGACCGACCGCAAGCGAGGCCGCCAGACCUACACACGCUACCAGACCCUGGAGCUGGAGAAGGAGUUUCACUAUAAUCGCUACCUGACGCGGCGGCGGCGCAUCGAGAUCGCGCACGCGCUCUGCCUCACGGAAAGACAAAUCAAGAUCUGGUUCCAGAACCGGCGCAUGAAGUGGAAAAAGGAGAAUAAGACCGCGGGCCCCGGGGCCACCGGCCAGGACAAGGCUGAGGCAGAGGAGGACGAGGAAGAGUGAGGGAUAGAGAAAAAGCAGAGGAAGAGAGAUUAGAAAGGGAGAGAGGGAGAAGCCUAGCUCUGGGAACUGAACCAGGAACUUAAAUUAAAUAGCGGGGGGGUGGGGAACCCUAUUUAAAUGGAAAGCAGUUAAAAAAUUUUAAGGCGAAAAGGUGAAAUUUUGGUUUAACACUGAAAAAAAAAUACUACCUAUAGAAAAGUCCGUAAGGUUUGUUUUGUACAAUAUGGGAAGGACAUACCUACCUGUUUUGUAGCUUUCUGUAUUUUUCCUCCCUUUUUUUAUGUCGCUAUUGUAAGGUCUUUGUAAAAUCUUGCUGUUUUGUAAGCCCUCUUUGAUGCUGUCUUUGCGGUCUGUAGGUCUGGACUAGUGUAUGUGCUUCCCAGUCCUUCUGAGCCCCGGCCUUGGCAGUAGUGGCACUGAAGAGGUUUUAGGGAGCUCCAUGGACCCACUGACUAGUUCAAAUGUCUCCUCUGUGCACCUAGCCUGUCUGAUGCUCCUUGCUCCUGCCAGCCCCUGUGAUCCUCUUUACAUCCUGUGUGUAUCUGAAGAAUUGAGAAAUAAAACAAUUUAAAAAUAAACAAA